AUGGGAGAAGGAGCUCAACGAAGUCAAGCAAGCUACCGUUCCGCGUGCACAGAAUGUGCACGCCGCAAGCAGAAAUGCAACCGUGAGUGGCCUUGUAAUGGAUGCCAAAAGCGCAAGGUGGCCGACAAAUGCCGCUUCAAGGACACCAACCAGCCUGUCAAUGAUAAGGCUGCCCUGGAUAGGUUUAGGAGGAACCGAAUCAACAACAAAACGAACCCCGACUCUGUGGAAUCGCAACUAGAAGAUCCCGGGAGUGAUGGCAUCGAUGCGUUGGGCUACAUGCCUUCGCAUCUUAUCUUCGAUCUAACUUCAAAAUACGAGAACAUGAAGACAGCAUCACAAGAAUUUGUCAAAGAUCCGAGAAGCUUUCCACAACUGGAACGGGCCCUUCGGAUUAUUCCUUCUAGGCCUUACACCGAUACACUUGUCCAGAACUUCCUCAACAAUGUCAACUAUCACUACUACAUCAUCUACCCACCCUCCUUUUUGGAGCAAUACCAACAAUGGUGGGCCGCACGAGCCGAGAAUCGUCCUUUAAGCGUUCAAUGGACUUGUCUUCUUCUCACUGUUUGCGCAUGUGCUUCGCAAUACACAGAUGUCGAAUUGCAGGGGAAGCUCGAAAGUGGGCUAGGUGAUACGAUAAAGCGCAUAACCGAAAGAUUCCACGAAGCUGCUCGAGAGCUGGGAAGCGCUGUCCCUCUUGGCUACAGCCAUCUCACCAACAUCCAACAACUUCUACAUUCGUGCUAUUGGUUCAAGUCCGAAGCUCGCUUUGUAGAGUGCUGGCAUGUCUUGAACUCUGCUAUUCGAGAAGCCCAAGAACUUUCUAUACACCAAGAAGCUAAGACUUCUCCCGUAUCAGAAUUCGAUUUAGAAAUGCGGCGGAGAGUGUGGUGUGUUUUGGAUACUUGGGACUGGCAAAUAUCCACACUAUUGGGUAGGCCCAUGAUUAUCGAUCGUAGCGACUGCGACACUGGUUUACCCAGUCUUAGCUUGGAGGGGUAUCAAUAUCCGCCCUUGGCGCACAUGAAAAUGCAGUCCAGCUUGAUCCGCCAGAUCUUCGCGAGAUUUGGCCCAACCAAGAACGUGAAGACUCAUGCAGAAGUUCAGGAAUACCAACAAAUCGUUGAGGCUUGGAUCAACACCUUCCCUCCUCCUUUCAAUAUUCAUAAUCCAGACAAGUCUCUCGACGCAUCGUGCCCAUGGAUUACAUUGCACCGGCACUUCAUACGUACCGUGGCGUUCUCAAUGCUUCUCCAACCCAUACGGAGCUUUUUGACAAGACCUUUUGCUAUUCGGUCUCUGGACUCAGAGUUGCAAAUACGCAGAGACGGUAUUAGCUACUGUUUGGAGCUCAUGGUAUCAUUACGUGGGUUCUUCGACCAUGCAUAUCCCCGGGACGCCAAAUUUCACUUUAUUCUGUUUUGCAUCUUCGAUGUUUCAACAGUCUUAUGCUCAGCAGUCCUUCACGACGAGCAUCAUACGCUUCCUCGACGAGAGGAUGUUUACAGAACCAUCGACGAGGCACAUUCCUUGCUUCAGAGUUUAAGUACGAUGACCAAAUCAGCUAAAGCGUCAUAUGGGAUUCUCACUCGCAUUGUUCAACGUCUUCCUCGGACGGCAAUAACACAAAGCCUGGUUGGCAAGAGCCCUGUUCCCCCAAGAUCCCAUGUACCUGAAGCCGUUGUAUCGCCGCAAACGAUCUCACCCGGAAGCGCCCAUCAACAUAAUUCUCCGCCCGCCACGACUUUCUCGCCUUCGCCAAUAGCUAUCCCCACUCCUGGCGUACCAUCUCCAAUAUACUCCUUGGCCGGUGCGGCUACAAUGGGCGGUGAUUUUGCAACUCCUGUGGCAUAUGUUGCACCUUCAGCGUGCGCUGAAUGGCAGCCUAAUUUAUACAUGCAGGACCCUACAGUCUUUGCACCCAUGGAUGGUCCUUCUCAGGAUGCUGUAUUUGCGCACAUUUCGGACGAGGAGCUUGGAGAACUGGCCAAUCUCUGGAACUACCAGUCUCUAGAUUUCGGCUUUAUGAACGCGUAG